AAAUGCUGCAAAUUUCACACACCCGGUUGAAGAGUUGACGCCGUAAUGAGCGAUCAGUUUGUUAAACCAGGCAAUCAGGAGCGUGGAUGGAACGACCCGCCACAGUUUUCAUAUGGCUUGCAGAAGGAUUCAUGUGGACAAAAGCGGAAUGUACUCAACAAGAGGCUGCACUCACCACAACUUACAGGUUCUGGAUCAGGGUUCCCACCCACUCCAUUGGACGGGCUACCACUUCCCAGAGACAGAAAGCCUCCUCCAAUGGAUGGGGUCACCCCACCUUCAAUAUGCCCCAGUAUCCCCUCAGAUGUAACCAUGAUGGCAGAGAGUGAGCCAUGCAUUGAAGAUGUGCAAGCACCACUAUAUUGGGCAUUGCAAGCAUGCAGACAUACUGUCAAGAAACAGAUCUGUGAUGAUGUAGAAAGACGCCUAAUGCUUUUUGAGAACAUGUGGAAAAGUGGGAAACUUUCUCCUUUGGUUAAACAAAGAAUGCAUAGAUUGUCCCAAGAGCUAAAAAGCAAAAAUUGGGAUACAGCUGAUGAGAUCCAUAGAGGCCUGAUGGUUGACCAUAUCUCUGAAGUCAGUCAGUGGAUGGUGGGAGUCAAGCAUCUCAUUGCUGAAGCUCGGAACCUGAACCCAGAGCUGCUUCAAACUGGUGAUUUGGGUCAGAAUUAAAUAAACAACUUCCCUGAUCCAGGAUCAUGAGGACGGAGACCUUUUUACCUGCUUUGUUAGGAUUUGCACAAUACCACCCAGAUCGGGUGACUUUACAGCUCAUUGUUUUACAUGCAUCAAGAAACUAUAAAGAGGAAACAAAUCCAUAGCAGACUUCAGAUGUUAUUCUAAAAAAGAUUUUUUCUUUGUAAUGUGUAAUAAAAUGGGUGUUGAAAUCAGGCUCCAAAUUCUUGGCAUACAGUAUGUGCUCUGAAUUCAGUAAACCUCAUGAAAUAUUUACAUUUAUGCAUUUGGCAGAUGCUUUUAUCCAAAGCGACUUACAGUGCACUUAUUACAGGGACAAUCCCCCCGGAGCAACCUGUAGUUAAGUGACUUGCUCAAGGACACAAUGGUGGUGACUGUGGGGAUCAAACCAGUGACCUUCUGAUUAACUGUUAUGCGCUUUAGCCCACUACGCCACCACCACUCCUAAUAUGAGGAGAAUCCGAUCUCUUGUUUAAAUAAAAUUUCUAGCCAUUUCAAUCUUGAUAUUUUCAUGUUUCUAUCCAUUUCUAACAAUGCCCUGUCACAGUCAUCAGAGCUGUGUGCAGCAGAAUUGUGCUAAGAAGUCAUACAUCUGUCUCUGUCACAUAUGGUAGUAUUUCAUUUAUGUAUGCAUGUAUAUUUAAGAGCAUGGUGCGCAUAUAAAAAAACCCAGUGUGGAGUUUGAUCAAUUUCAGAAUGCUCUGAGCGAGAAAGGGAAAUUCAGUCCACUCACUCACAUACACUGCUUCUGUGUCUCUGUGUGUUUGUAGACAGAAGAAUUCAAUGCUAGUGCCAUAUCCUCUCAGAAAUACCGUAAUACAUAAUUUUUCUGAAAUGGUAGCACAAUAUUUUAUUGUGUCUAUAUAGGGCCCCAAAUAUUAGUCUGGCCCUGACCACAUGGUUGUUAUUAAACAACUUUUGGAGCAGUAAGCGUGGCGAGCUUUUUUUCUAUUGAUCAACUGAAGCCUGAAGCUGCGUACACACUGCCAGCGACUUUAUCGCUGCAGGUCGCCAGUGGCUGGCGGUGAAGUCGCUAGUGGGUGUUCCCACUACUGGUUGCCUAGUAACGUUUAUAAAUGACAUUCACGGAUGUCAUUCCAUUGCUGUUGACAGCGAAUCUCUUUUCUUGCCACUAAAAACAAACAUUUUGGAGGGAAAAGACUAAAUAUAAAUGGAAUCAGUACAUAAAAUGCUUUAUAUCAAAGAUGAAUGAGAAACCAGGCGUGCUGUUUGCCGGACGGCUGUUUAUCUGCGGCGAAAAUGCAAAUGCCGGUCUGUCUGGGUUCACCGCCAGCCACUGGCGACCUGCAGCGAUAAAGUCGCUGGCAGUGUGUACGCACCUUUAUGGAACAAUUCAAAGAUGGCAAAGGAGGAAGCUGGGACCAGCCUGACCAACACAUAGACAUUUAAUAAACACUAUUCAGUGUGUAACAAAACAAAAACACUCACUGCUUUUCAGCCAGCUACAUCUGAACAUAAAAAGACACACACAAACAGACUUUAUGCAUCUCUCUCUCGUUUGCUGCUGUCUCCUCUCCUUAAAUACUCCCUCCACCCCUCACUGGAAUGCGAGACCGAUUCCACACAGGUGGAACUCAUUCACCACAUAUCUUCAGGGCUCUACAGUGCGAGUAUUUCACUCGCAUUUGCCCCUAAAAAUAGAUAUGUGUACUGGAAAAAUGAUUUACGAGCACAGUGUGCGAAUAAAGAUUACAAACGUAACCCCCCUUUUUAAGAUAUUUGUUUAAAAAUGACAAAACCCACAUUCCACAAGCGGAGUUUUCUGUGAUGACGUGGUCCAGUCAGAGAGAGAAAGGUGAACAAUGGAAAAAUGUCGGUAUAGGCGACAUCGCAUUUUAUUUUAAGCGAAAAAGAGAUGAGGAGAAAGAGGAAUUUGGCGAGGGGGAUUCGCAAGGUUCAACUAAUGAAUUCUCUUCACAAGGUUUACCGGAGACGGCUAACAUUAGGGAUGCUGAGAGCAAAGCUACCGUGACCACAGCUGUCACUUCAACGUCCACUGUAGCUGGUGGAGGGAGAACAUAUAGAUUCAAUUCAAAUUGCCUCAAAAUGUUCCCAUGGCUAGAGUUCGAAAACAACGUCAUGUUCUGCAAAUAUUGUAGUGGGCAGAAACAGGUGGACAUCACGUCCUUCGUGUCAGGAAACCCGCAUCUGAAAUGGUGAUGGGUCGUUUGCGAAUGAGUCGGCUCUUGUAAGUGAACGUUGGGAGCCGGCUCGCAUAUCAGAAUCUAUUUAUACAAAUAUUAUAUAAAAAACACAAGAUAUGAAUAAUCAAAAGAUUUAAAAUAACGGAAAAAAAAACCAAAUAAAAUAAUAUUAGGCCUAAAUGCUCAAGCGCACACAUUAGUUCUGACUGUCUGCUCAGACUAACAGCCUCACCUGUUGUUCCUGUCAAUCAGAAACUCAGUGUCAACCAAUGAACCAAAGAUGCGUGAGGGAGGGCGGAGCCAACAUAUUUCGUUCAGAUUGUAUUUGAAUUGUUACAUUUAUAGGCACUUUAUUUAUAUACAUUGAAAAGUUAUACUUUAA